AUGAAUGGUAGUGCGCUCUUACUGCUUUGCUUUUUAGCUCGUAUUAGUGUGAUCUAUUCAACAGAUCCUUCAUGUUCCGGUAAAGUAAAUACAAAUCCGAUCGUACGCGAAGAUCCUCGCCUUGUUAGCACGGUUCCGAAUGGAAAACGAUUUGUCGUUGGAUCAGACUAUGAUCAAAUCAAUAUUGUGCAUGUCUAUGGUGGAACACCUUACGAUAUGGGUUUUGCUUUGGGCAAAUUAAUGAGCAAAGAAAUAACUGAAUUAGUGCCGGCAUAUUUCGAAUAUUUAUACGAACAGGUGGAAGAAAUAUUAAAAAUAGUACCAGCGUUCAUUGCAAAAUGGAUUGCAGAUUUGGGUUUGGCUGGUGCACUCGAUCUUACAUAUGAAAUUACUCAUCCUUAUACACCUCCAUGGUUUGACGAUGAAAUUCGCGGUGUUGCUGAUGGUAGCGGAGUUGAUAUGGUCAAGAUUCGCCAAGUAAACAUGCUUCCAGAAAUGAUCAAAGCUGCGUGCACAGUUUUAGGAGCUUGGGGUGAUUCUGUCAUUGGAUCAACGUUACUACAUGUUCGAGCAUUGGACUGGGAUGACAAAGCUCCCAUUGCUAAAUAUGCAACAAUAACUGUAUAUCACCCUAAUGCCUCCUAUCAAGGUUAUACUGAUCAUUUUCAUGAUUAUUAUAAACAACAUAACCCUCAGUCACAUGCCUUCGCUAAUUUUGGGUAUCCAGGUCUUAUCGGUUCGCUUGGCGCAUAUAGUGAGGCAUCGAUUGCGUUGGGUGAAAAAGUGUGGAUUACAAAGGAGAGCGAUAUCACCUCACGUUUUGGAAAUCCAUGGACAUAUGUUCUUCGUGAUGUUGUCCAAUUUGCCAACUCUGUCGAUACAGCACUAACCAUGAUGGCUAAUGCUCAGCGUACCUGUUCAAUUCAUCUUGGUCUUGGUUCUUACGAAAGAAAUUCAUCACUAACGGCAGAUACAAACUUUGGAUUCCGAGGAAUUGAAUACAGUGCACGAGAAUUAAAUGUCUACAACUGGGAAGAUAUGUUUAAUACUAAAGCCCAUCCUAUUCUUCGAGAUGUUGUCUAUUGGGAUAAACACGUACAACCAUCCAAUAAUCCUUGUCUUGGAAGUUUACUAGUCGAACACUAUGGUCAUCUCAAUGCAGAAUCCAUUAUUUAUAACAUUACAAGUUUAUCAGAAACGGGUGAUGCGAUGAAUUUCGUUCUUGACUAUGCCGAAAAUGCUGUCUACAUUGCCUACAGCGCUCCAGACGAUCCAAAAGGGCCUUUGGAAGCCUUUAAUCGUGCACAUACACGCAUUGAUAUGGGCAAAUUAUUUGCUGAGCCUGCUCCACAUUAG